AUGUUUAUCAUUAACUGGUUCUGGGACAUUCUGGCUCAGCUUGGUCUGACGCACAAGAACGCCAAGAUUCUUUUCCUGGGUCUUGACAAUGCAGGCAAGACUACGCUGCUGCAUAUGCUCAAAAAUGAUCGCCUUGCCACGCUUCAGCCCACGCUACACCCAACUUCGGAAGAAUUGGCUAUCGGUCUUGUCAAAUUUACGACGUACGAUCUGGGUGGUCACCAGCAGGCGCGUCGUCUUUGGAAAGAUUACUUCCCAGAGGUAGACGGUAUCGUUUUCCUCGUCGACUCGCAAGACGUGGAACGCUUCCCCGAAGCCCGUGCUGAGCUUGACUCGCUUCUCUCGAUCGAGGAGUUGAGCAAGGUGCCUUUCUUGGUGCUGGGCAACAAGAUUGACGCCCCAGGUGCUGUUUCAGAGGAGGAGCUCCGUCAGGUUCUUGGUCUGUUCCAGACCACAGGCAAGGGCUCUGUCCCUCUCAAGGAUGUCCGCCCUAUUGAACUGUUUAUGUGCUCGGUCGUUAUGCGCCAAGGCUAUGGUGAUGGCUUCCGGUGGCUCUCGAACUACAUCUAA